AUGGACCCCGAAAUGGAAUUCCGUCAGCAUCUUGCAGAUCAGCAGCAGCGGGUUGCCACUAAUGACUCCACAGCAGCAAACAAUUACGACGAAUUCCAGCCAAAUUCAUCGCCGAAUUGGAUUACAAGCUUGGAAGAAGAACUAGAUAAGAAAAUCCUGGUCAUUUUGCGCGAUGGUAAGAAUCUGAUCGGCGUAUUGCGCUCAUUUGACCAAUUCGGCAACUUAAUGCUGGAAGGAUGUGUUCAUCGAAUUAUCGUCAAUACUUUUUACAAUGACGUGUACCAGGGUGUCAUGAUCAUUCGCGGGGAGAACAUCUUGCUUUUUGGCGCACUUGAUGAAUCGAAGCCAAACCCUUUAGAGUCGCGACCCUUGUGGGAGGUCUUGGAGAUGCACGAAGAACAGGAGAAGUACGAAAACCGGAGACGGAGAAAUCUACGGCGUUUGGGUGACUUCCUGUAUGGUUAUGACCUGCCGGAUGAGUGA